AUGUAUUCUUUAGCUUUUAAGAAAGGAUAUCCUCUUAUACUUGAUGAGUUCAAUCUCGCUCAUGAAGAUGUUCUGCAAUGCAUUGAGUCUUCAUUAGAUACUGAAGAUUUAUACGUAGAUGAUCCAGCUUUAAAUGCUUCUCCCAUAAAAAUGCACGAAAACUUCAAGCUGAUAGCUACCCAAAACGAUUCUGAUAGUGCAUUUGCAUCAAUGCGUAAUAAACUGACAUCAAAACUCACAUCUCACUUCCAAAUUAUUGAGUUUAAUGAUUUUGGUGAUGACCAACUAACAUCUCUAUGUUCUAACUUCAAUAAAAACAUUUCAAAAGAUCAAAUAAAGCAAGUUAUUGAAUUUCAUAAAUCUUGUGCCUCAGAGAGCAACAGUGACUAUAGUUUUACAAUUAGAAACCUUAAGACUGCGCUUUUAUCUACAGCCGAUCCCAAAAAUUUAUAUCGUUCUUUAUUUUAUUAUUAUCAAUCGCUUCUUGGUCUUGAUAAAUCAAAUCUUAUUGCAGAUAAACUUAAAGAAUGCAAAAUAUAUCCAAACCACGAAGAAGGGCUCGAUGUUUACCAACUAUUUAAGCAAAAACAAAUCCAAACCACGAAGAAGGGCUCGAUGUUUACCAACUAUUUAAGCAAAAACAAAUCCAAAAUGUCUGGAAGAAUGAUGUUUUAA